UUAUGUGUAUAUAUUUAAUAUUGAACCCCCUCAAAACAAACGAAAGGCGCAGCUCAGUGGCGCAGGGGGUUCAGAGUUGCCCGUUACAUGCGGGUUCGAACCCCAGCAGCCCCGCUUGCAAUAUUUUCCUGAACAUUUUAUUUCAACUGUUUUGAUUAAACAAAACGACGUAGUUUAGUAACGUUAUAUUUACUUAAAAUAAAUGGACAAAACGACGUAGUUUUGUAGGGGACAAAUCUAAUUGGAUUCAAAUCCCUAAAUAAGUCAAAUAUUGAACAAACCAAAUGUUUUCAUUCUCUUCUCUUCCGUCACUGUCACCUCACCUAACACCUUUCUUUCUUUUUUUUUUUUUGCUCAGUUUUUUUUUGCUGAUUUGUUUGCCUCCGCCACUGCUCUCUGGUCUCCGUUCAUGGCUUCUUCGUCUCAACGUUCAGUGAAGAACUAUUUUACGAAAGUACCGAAAUCAAGUGUAGCUUCUUCUAGUCAACCUAACCAGGAAGCAAAUGCCAACCAUUCAGAAGUACCAUUACCUUCUUCUCAAGUAUUUGAUUUGAGUACUUUAAAUUAUGAUCCGGGUGAAAGAACCCCAAUCUUGGACUAUCAUCCAAAUCAUCGUGAUGUUAUUAGAAGAACAUACCUUAUUAAUGGUCCUUGUCAACCUCGGUUGCUUCAGCAUGAGUAUCCUCAAACGAAUAUUUCUGGAUCAAUGCGCCGUUUUAAUUCUGAAUGGUUUGAUGAUGUAUAUCAUGAUUGGUUGGAGUAUAGUGUUAGUAAAGAUGCAGUCUAUUGUUUGUAUUGUUAUCUAUUUAAAGGCUACAACACCAAUCAAGGUGGGGGUGAAAUAUUUUCAACUGUUGGGUUUAAGAGUUGGCAGAAAAAAAAGAAUCUUGGAAAACAUAUUGGUCUACCGAACAGCCCACAUAACCAGUCAAAAAAGAAAUGUCAAGAUUUAUUGCGGGUACAACAGUCUAUUCAUUUUGCACUUGAGAUGCAAUUUAGUCAAUUUAAGCAUGCGUAUUUGGUCAGCUUAAGUGCUUCCGUUGAUGUAGUAAGACUUCUUAUAACUCAAGGAUUGGCAUUUCGAGGUCAUGAUGAAUCUAAAUCAUCACUUAGUAGGGGUAAUUUUCUUCAUAUUCUCUCAUGGUAUGCGAAAAAGUGUGAUAAUAUUCGUGAUUAUGUACUGGAACAUGCUCCUCAAAAUGAUCAAAUGACUUCUCCAAUGAUUCAAAAAUAUAUUGUGAGUGCUUGUAAGAUAGAAACAAUUAAAGCUAUUCUUGAGGAAUUAAAUGGUGACUACUUUUCUUUACUAGUUGAUGAGUCUUUUGAUGUGUCACGCAAGGAGCAAAUGGCUAUUGUCUUACGAUAUAUUGAUAGAAAUGGAUUUGUGAUGGAGCGGCUUCUUGACAUUGUUCAUGUUCAAGAUACUAGUGUUUUAUCUCUAAAGAGGGCAAUUGUUAAUUUACUUGCUCAACAUUCCUUAAGUCUAUCAUAUGUGCGUGUAGUGUUGGUUUCAAAUAUUUUGAAUGUAUUGGGAUCUUCUUUUAAGCGUAUGGAUGAAUUUCGAGAUUCUUAA